ACAGUGUAAAAUUAACAACAGACAACGAAGUGGAAAGGCAGGACCGCUGCUCUGUCACUACGACCAUUGUGUUCUUUCUUGUGUGUUUUUUUUCCUUUUUUUGGUGAACAGCCACGCCCACCGAAGGCAGCAGGCGCGCGCCUCCGCGAAUCCACUGCCAUUCAAGUUUCCCUGCGAACCCACGCUUCCCGUUACAUUGGGCUAAUUGAGUUUGGAUUAGAGAACAGAUCGUUCACAGACUUUAAUUGGGGAAAACCCACACAGUCCACAUCCUCUUAGCGACAUGCUGAGAGAUAAACGAGUUAUCAGCACUGCUCCGAAGAGAUUUAAUUUGUACUUUUUCGUUUAACUUCAGAAUUUGUUACGCCGCAUAUACAUGGAGCCUACGCAAAGUUAUACUUUUACUACCUGAAGAUCUGAGCUCUUCGCGUCUGCUUCUCAUCAGCCGGACUGUGCAUUUGUUAAUCCAACGUUGUUACUUGUCACUCGUGUGGGAAAAUGGGCUGUUGCAGCGGGCGGUGCACACUUGUCUUUCUCUGCGUUUUACAGCUGCUCGCAGCCUUGGAGCGACAGAUCUUUGAUUUCCUGGGAUACCAGUGGGCCCCCAUCCUUGCGAAUUUCCUGCACAUAAUCAUUGUUAUUCUUGGCCUGUUUGGAACACUUCAGUAUCGGCCUAAGUACGUCAUCAUGUAUGCCGUUUGGACCGCGCUGUGGGUCGGCUGGAACGUGUUCGUCAUCUGCUUCUACCUGGAAGUGGCGGGCCUCACCCAGGAAAUGGACGUUAUGACCUUUAACAUCUCUCUGCACCGCUCCUGGUGGCGGGAGCACGGGCCAGGCUGCGUGAGGACGGAAGCCCCGCCCCCUGACCCCUACGACCCCCAUGACCUGCCGGGCCACGCCUUCAUCUCUGUUACUGGCUGCAUGGUGGAGUUUCAGUACCUGGAAGUGGUGCACUCUUCCUUCAGUAUACUGCUGGCUCUGGUUGGGUUUGUGUUUGCCUGCUACGUGAUCAGCGUGUUUACAGAGGAAGGGGACAGCUGUCGGUACUGACUCCCCCCCCCCCCCCCCCCCCCCCCCCCCCCC